CUAGAACUAGAGUGCGCCGUUUCUUCGACAUGGCCUUCAUGAACCUCAGCUAUUGAAAGCCCCACUACCACUGCGAGCAUCUCCAUACCUCACCUACCACUACCCUAACUUACCCUUACCUACCUUCUCUCGACCUAGUCUAGCCUAGUAGUACUUUAGAUCCGAACAUCGUCGGAAGUAGCGCAUGCUGGCGGUUUUAUGGACGCCAAGUUACUCGACUUUCUGAUGAAUGUGCAGUCAAGAUAUCACGGGUCUGCUGGGUAGAUUCACCCAACACCUGCAAGACCCCACCGACAACUCCCUAGACCAUCCCCUACCCAUAUACAGACCAUGGCGCCCUCAGACGCGCCCGAUGGCCCUGACGGCACUUCUCUGAAACCCGUCUCGUCUCUCCGAUCGCAUUUUGAGAGCAUGGGCAAAGCCCUGGACCGCUCAAGCUCCACGCCUCCUCCACCACAACCACCUCCGCAGCCCGUAAGGAUAGCCUCACCAGGCCCAAAGCCCGAGCCGCCGGCGGUCCAGCGAGAUGCGAAGCCGAAGCCAAAAGCCCCUGCCUCGGCUCUGACCACCACCACCCAGCGCCUGAACCACCCGCCUCCGUUGAUCCCCAGUCCUAUAACCCUCGGUGCCCCCUCGUUGAUGGUCCAGCCCCCACGUUCACCUCCCCAGCCACGAUCCUUGACCGUCGGUACUGGAGAACACAGCAGCUUUCUGAACCCAGACUCUCAUGCCAAAUCGCCCUCGCCAAGCAGCCCUCGAAGACCGUUCAAGAUUCCGAGCAAUAACAGCACCCCCUUAUUAGAACCUCAAAACUCACCCAGACAAGUCCCUUCGCAGCCCCCGUCUCCACCACCACCACGGCGCUCUGGCGAACUGAAAAGGGAGAGGGAUCGGGGACCUGAUGCCAAGCCGACGCCCCCUCCAAUUAACCGAGCCGACAAGCCACUAAUCCCCUCGAGGUCAUCGUACCUGGGAGUAGACUCGCUCAGCAGCUCAGACUUUCGAAAUCGCCUUGCAGACGCGCAAAAGUCGCCCUUCAACAGUCCUCCUAGUAGUAAUGGGAGCGUCGAUGGUGAUGUCGAAGCGCCGCCUACUCUGCCCGCAAGACCACGGCCAUCUGUGUCUGAGGCCUCUUCGAGGGUACAAACGGUGCAGACUGGGUUUGACCCUCCUCCAUUGCAUCCGUCUAUUGUCAAUAGGAGGAAAGAGAGAGAACAAGAGCUAAACGGGACGGGAUCGAGAGGGUCUUCACGGGGACCACUGACCCCUCAGGGGACAGGAGAUCAGGGGCCGCGAUUGCCAGCCAGGUCAGCUACAGUCACUGAGCAUAGGUCAGCUAAUUUUAAUGGCUAUUCAACCACAAGGCCACCGCCAAGGCCGCCCAAACCUGGGGAAACCAACAUAAUACCACCGCCGAGCGGUGUUGGUCAGAAGAGGGCGGUAUCGACACCCUCAUCGCAGCAGCAUCCGCCGCCCCCACCCCCGCCGCAGAGGGUGCACCCGAGGUCAAUGACUGUGGACAGGACAUCUUCACGUGUUCCCGCCGAGUUCCGCGCCCCUCCAGCAGCUAUGGCCUCCAUCCCGUCCGCUCCCGAAAGCCGGGCACAAGAGGUUUCAUCGGCAACAAAGACGGAGAUAUCCACUGCUUAUCCAGACUCGUCAAACACAAACCGUCGUGCACCUUACAUCAAGCAAGGUGUUCAUGAAAUAAACACAAAAUACGACAGUCGCAUAUUCGAUGCAUGCGGUGAACUGGUAUGCACGAGCGGCCAUCUCACCCGAGUAUGGAGCCUUCUGGAUGGAGAGCUACUGUUGAGCUUAUCGCACGGAGAAAACGUGAAGGCUACCGCUGUCGCUUUCAGGCCGGGCGCCAAUGUCGAUGAAGAAGGAACGCGGAUUUGGAUCGGCAACAACACAGGUGAACUCAUGGAGGCCGAUAUCUCUACUCAAGGGAUAGUCGCGACCAAGCCAACGGCUCACGGACGGCAUGAGAUCAUCAAAAUUUACAGACAUUACAACGAGCUGUGGACUCUGGACGACGGCGGUACACUGAAUGUUUGGGGUCCCGACGAAACUGGUGUACCAUCUCUGUUGGGAUCUCCUGAUCAAGCAUUCCGGGUCCCCAAAGGGCACACCUUCUCCAUGGUCGUUGGGGAUGAACUGUGGCAUGCGACUGGAAAAGAGGUCCGGGUCUUUUUGCCAACGACCGAUGGCAAGGUGCAGUUUCAAGUCCUAAUACGGGCACUGUAUCAGGAAGGUGCGGGUGAAGUGGUUUCUGGUACCCUGAUGCCCUCGGAUCCUGAUAAGGUGUUCUUGGGUCACGGCGACGGCAAGGUCAGUAUAUACUCCAGGAGCGGGUAUGCUUGCCUCGGCGUGGUAAGCCUUAGCUCUUUCAAGAUCAACACACUGGCAGGCGUGGGUAACCACAUCUGGGUGGGAUACAACUCGGGCAGAGUCUGUGUCUACAACAUCGCACAAACUCCGUGGGUUGUAAAGAAGGAUUGGCAAGCUCAUGAGAAUCCGGUGGUCAAGCUCCUCCCGGACCGUUCAAGCUUCUGGACUUUGGACAGGUCCCAGGUCAUUUCACUCGGCGCAGACAACAUGGUCAGGGUUUGGGAUGGCCUCCUACAGGAGGAUUGGCUCGAAGGGGAAAUGCAAGCCAAGGACACGGAGUAUUCGGAAAUAGACCAGCUCAAAGUGCUCGCCAUGACAUGGAACGCCGGCGCAUCGACACCCAAUAGCCUGCGGUACUCUCAGAACGAUGCAAGCUUCUUCCAGUCGCUGCUACAGAGUGGCGAAUCCCACGAUAUUCUAAUCUUUGGAUUCCAGGAGCUGGUAGAUUUGGAAGACAAGAAGGCCACAGCGAAGCGGUUUCUCAAAGUGAAGAAGAAGGAAGGGUCGGAUCAGGAGCGAAUGAGCCAUCAAUAUCGGGACUGGAGGGACUUUCUGGUUCGCGCUCUGGAUGAUUACAUGCCAGGCGAACUAUACCAUCUCUUGCAAACCUCGCACAUGGUGGGACUGUUCACGUGCAUCUUUGUCAAGGCGGAUAUCCGGGCACGAAUUAGCAAUCUCAGCACUGCCGAGGUCAAGCGCGGGAUGGGCGGUUUGCAUGGUAACAAAGGUGCGGUGGUAGUGCGGUUCAUGGUCGACGACACAUCGCUCUGUUUCAUCAACUGCCAUCUAGCGGCCGGACAAGGUCAAGCGCAGAACCGACACAACGAUGUCGCGGCUAUCCUUGAAGCGCAGAUCCUACCGAUUGAGAGGGACCCCAACAUACGAAUAGAUAGUUAUGUUGGUGGAGGUGACGGCACCAUGAUAAUGGACCACGAGCUCGUCCUCCUGAACGGGGAUCUCAACUACCGAAUCGACACCAUGUCGCGCGACACAGUCGUGAUGGCUGUGAAGCAGGGCAACUUGUCUAAACUGCUCGAGCGCGAUCAGCUGCUGGUGGCCAAACGACGGAAUCCAGGAUUCCGACUGCGAGCCUUUGAAGAGUCGCAAAUAUCUUUUGCACCCACCUACAAGUAUGAUGUCGGCACGGAUAAUUAUGACACUUCGGAGAAGAAGAGAAGUCCGGCGUGGUGUGAUCGACUCCUUCACCGGGGAUCUAGAGGCCGGAUACAACAAAUUGACUACCGAAGACACGAGGUGCGCGUGUCGGACCAUCGUCCCGUCAGUGGGAGGUUCUUAUACGGCAUCAAGAGGAUCGAUCCCAGACGGAGGGCGGUGGCUUGGAUGGAGUGCCAACAACGACUUGAGGACACCAAAGCAAACGUUUCCAUUGAUGAGAAGCAAUACUACCUGACAGAUAUUAUUGGCUACGAUGUCGACACGAGUCGCCAGCUCAUCCAGGAGAGAUCUUCCAGGAAAGCACAUCGAAGUCCCAGUAGAGGCAGAGGAGAUUCGGGAAGAUGAGGUAAUGCUGUGGGCUUAUGAACGAUAGGGAAAGAUACACACUGAACGAGAGCAUGGCUAGCGGCAAUCGAAGGAAGAAAUCAAACGGUCAACGCGUGAUACCUUUUGUGUGCAUACGAGUAGCAUUAUGAACCGGCAGGGUGUUGAGUGUGAAAUUGGGAGCUGUUGAUUGACGGGACAUAUCGGCGGCUAUAAAAACAGGCGUUCUAAGGCUUGGGUUGUCAAGGGUUUUGGUGGAAUUUUAGACAAAACGAACGCUAUCGGGGAUUUGGGUAAUGUUUUAGUUUCCUUUAUCUGUUAGCAUACUUACAGUAGAAGAGCGUUCAUGACCUCCAGGUGGUCCCUCACUGUUGGUGCCGAGAGCGAAAUGGAACAAUCCAUCAAUACAUUUCACCAUCGCCAUACAAGAUUUUGCAAUAUUCUGUAAACGCAUUCAAAUUCAACUUUUCGG